GAGGGAGUCCAAGGAUGGCAGUGCCCAGAGCCCUGCCUGCUGGCUUUGGGGAACUCGAGGUGCUGGCUGUGGGAACAGUGCUGCUGAUGGAAGCGCUCUCUGGCCUCAGCCUCAAUGGCCUGACCAUCUUCUCUUUCUGCAAGACUCCAGAUCUGCGGACUCCCAGCAACCUGCUGGUACUGAGCCUGGCCCUGGCCGACAGUGGGAUCAGCCUGAAUGCCCUUGUUGCAGCUGUAUCCAGCCUCCUCCGGCGCUGGCCAUAUGGUUCAGAGGGCUGCCAGGCUCAUGGUUUCCAGGGGUUUGCAACGGCACUGGCCAGCAUCUGUGGCAGCGCAGCUAUUGCCUGGGGUCGCUACCACCACUACUGCACCCGUAGACAGUUGGCAUGGAACACGGCCAUCCCCCUGGUGAUGUUUGUGUGGCUAUCAUCUGCCUUCUGGGCAUCCCUGCCCCUGAUGGGCUGGGGCCACUAUGACUAUGAGCCUUUGGGGACAUGCUGUACAUUGGACUAUUCUAGACGUGACAGAAACAUCAUCAGUUUCCUCUUCAUCAUGGCCUUUUUCAACUUUGUUGUACCCCUCUUCAUCACACUCACUUCAUACCAGCUCAUGGAACACAAAUUCUCCAGGAGUGGUCAUCUGCAGGUGAACACCACUCUGCCAGGCAGGAUGCUGCUGCUGGGCUGGGGCCCCUAUGCCCUCCUGUACCUAUAUGCAGCCAUCGCAGAUGUGAGCUUCAUCUCUCCCAAACUGCAGAUGGUACCCGCCCUCAUUGCCAAAACCAUGCCCACAAUCAACGCCAUCAACUAUGCCUUGCACAGCGAGAUGGUCUGUAGAGGAAUCUGGCAGUGCCUAUCUCCACAGAAGAGCAAGCAGAACUGAACCCAGUGAGAUUCUUCAAAAGGCUGAUCACAAUCAAGCCUACCUCUGCAAGUCUGGACUGAGCCCCUGGCCAGGAAGAUGCCCUAGCAUACUUCCCAACAGUCCCAGAGCCAUGCCAGAUGCUUAUCCACCAGCGUCAAGAGUCCUGUUGAGUCCAACAUUAGGCUGGACCCAGAUACUAGGUUCCAUGGAAGGAGUACUGGUCACAGUCAUCUACACGUAGACUAAGAGGCCCUGGAAAAGUAACUCCCUCCAACCUCAGUUAUCGGAACCCCAGAGUAAAGAUGCCAUUAUGAAUCAAUGAGGAUGCUGUAUGCUUGAACAAGGUAGCAUAUGCUCACCAAGGAAAUAAAAUGUUUACUGAAACGGACUACUGAUAUGAACCUUGGCUGUGUCCUACAUGAACCAAGUCUUACAAUAAAAGGAGACAAAGCCCUGGGAAUGGUUUUUGGGAACUCAUCUGAGGUUGCCAAUUUUCAAAUAGCACUUACUAAGUUGUAAUGGCAUCGAUGACUUAUUCUGCCCCUUGUUCCAUGUCCCCUAUGGUGAGAUAAGAUGACAGCAAUGACGAGUUGACCAUACAGAUUGAAGCAGAACAUGCAGGUUAUGUACUCCCUGAGUCAGCCACCAGCACCAACAUUCAAAAUGCAUCCCUGGUUAUAUGAGAUUUGGAUUAAAGAUUGAUUUCAAAUGGUUUGGAACUCAUUGCCAAUAUUUAAAAAAUUAAAGCAAUUAUUUAACCAUCCAGUUGUCAGGAGAUGUGGACCCACAGCUCUGUCUUCCUCUCCACAGUGACUGUUUGCAGAGCUCGGUCCAACUCUGCCCUUUGCCCAGAACACAUAUGGUCCUGUUCCAGCUCAUAUGUUCCCUGCAGAGCUCAGGUGCCUCUGGGUUUGUGACACUAAUGAAGGGGCCCCCAGUCACCUUUAGAUGUAGACCUGCACCUUCCAUAGAGUCAGCAAUUCAGGAUCAAGAUAUAAUAGGUGCAUAGUCCUGUGCAAGACCUGCUGUCCUAGAGGGAAGUAAAGCAGAUUGACGGGGUGAUGGAGGCCAUACUGGAAGUCUAAUAGUGGAAGAAGCAGAUGGCCCAGGCACUGUGAGAGACAGAAAGCACAUCCUAUAAAGCCAAGAACCUGAAUAGGCCAGUUUCUGGCGAUGAGGGGAUGGUCAUGUAGACUUGGGUCUGCCUCCUGGUUCUCCAGAUGCAGAAAAUUAGGUCACAUAUACACAACCCAGAAGAAGCUUGCAGAAAACAGACUCCCCUAGCUGGGCAUGGUGGUGCACGCCUUUAAUCCCAGCACUUAGGAGACAGAGGCAGGUGGAUCUCUGUGAGUUCGAGGCCAGCCUGGUCUACAGAGGGAGUUCCAGGAUAGCCAGGGCAAUACAGAGAAACCCUGUCUUGAAAAAACUAAGCAAAAUAAAACAAACAACAACAAAAACCCAACAAAACAAAAACCAGAGUCCUGUUUGGUCAUUUUUCAGAGUGAGGCAGAGGAGAAUGGGAGCAGCCUUCCCACAACACCCUUUUCUGGAGUAUGUUCUGAACCAGGUGCUGUGCAGGCAAGACGACCCUGGGCCACACUCCAGGACCCAGGGAGGACACUUGGCCGAGGAUGUGGAUAGAGAGUGCAGCAAAGAAAUCCCAGGGUCUAAGCUGGGCUUGCACAUGACUCAGAAGUCAAAGUAGAAAUUACUGAACAAUUGCACCCACGCAAAUGCAAUUAGACAUAACAAUAAUAGGGGUUAUAAACACACGCUGGCAUUUCAUUCAGAUUCUCUCUAAGUCCUUACCACAGAACUAAACCAUUUCUCUCACUCCAUAUGACAUAAGUCUGUACUCCAACUUACAGUCAACACAGUUCAACUCUGCGUUUUAAUGAAAUUCAAAUGCAUAUCCACUUUCAGCCGCAUUCUGGAUUUAAAAAAUUUCUGAAGUUUAACCAGAAAACUUAGAUGCCACCAUGAUUUCUCAAUUUUCCUUUCAAAAGCAGUCCAGUUAGGUGAAAGGCUCCAUAUAUGCACUCGUGUGGCGUGCAUGACCAGAGUCUCUGUUGCCCCCUUGUUCAGUGGCCAUGGGGACAGACAACACUCUUUGUCCAAGUUUUCUGUCUUCUUGAUCUCAAUGGAUUCUGAUCAGGUCAGAGGGUUCUGAGACUAUGAAAAGUCUCUUCUUUAACCAAAAUGUUUAGUAUGGGCUCAGUUAUCUCCUUCCAACUUAAACCAAACCAACCAACCAACCAACCAACUAACCAACCAAACAACAACAACAAAAACCAAACCACCCUGGUAAAGUCUCCAAGGAAGUGAGAUUAAGUGAGAAUGACAUUUUAAUGCCACAAAAUGGUCCCUUUAUGGGAGGAGGUACUACAGAGCAAGGACUCUGGC